UUUCAUUUUCUCUUUUACCCAGGCGCGUAGGCGGGGGAAGGGGAAAGCGGACCCGAGGCUAUCGGCUAUUGGUGGCUAUCGGCGUUUUUGUACACAUCAGGACUUCUGGACAAGACUCCAAAGCUACUCCCCCAGCCCGAGACCCCUCCUCAGACCCAGCUUGUCCUCAGCCCUACCACCUGCCACUCCCUGGCCCCUCUCACCGCCCGCCCCCCUUGGGGCGCAGGGCAUGGUGUGAAAGGCCAAGUGUUGAGGGGAGCACCAUGGGUGCUGUGCCCUAGGGCCUGGGUGGCAGGGGGUGGGCGGCCUGUGGGUGUGCCGGGGGGGCCAUCGUGCCCACCCCAGUCUCUUGGCGUGCUGGAGGGCAUCCUGGAUGGAAUUGAAGUGAAUGGAACAGAAGCCAAGCAAGGUGGAGUGUGGGUCAGACCCAGAGGAGAACAGUGCCAGGUCACCAGAUGGAAAGCGAAAAAGAAAGAACGGCCAAUGUUCCCUGAAAACCAGCAUGUCAGGGUAUAUCCCUAGUUACCUGGACAAAGACGAGCAGUGUGUCGUGUGUGGGGACAAGGCAACCGGUUAUCACUAUCGCUGCAUCACUUGUGAGGGCUGCAAGGGCUUCUUUCGCCGCACAAUCCAGAAGAACCUCCAUCCCACCUACUCCUGCAAAUAUGACAGCUGCUGUGUCAUUGACAAGAUCACCCGCAACCAGUGCCAGCUGUGUCGCUUCAAGAAGUGCAUCGCCGUGGGCAUGGCCAUGGACUUGGUUCUAGAUGACUCAAAGCGGGUGGCCAAGCGCAAGCUGAUCGAGCAGAACCGGGAGCGGCGACGAAAGGAAGAGAUGAUCCGAUCACUGCAGCAGCGACCGGAGCCCACUCCCGAAGAGUGGGACCUGAUCCAUGUUGCCACAGAGGCCCAUCGCAGCACGAAUGCCCAGGGCAGCCAUUGGAAGCAGAGACGGAAAUUCCUGCCGGAUGACAUCGGCCAGUCACCCAUCGUCUCCAUGCCGGAUGGAGACAAGGUGGACCUAGAGGCCUUCAGCGAGUUUACCAAGAUCAUCACCCCGGCCAUCACCCGUGUGGUGGACUUUGCCAAAAAACUGCCCAUGUUCUCCGAGCUGCCUUGCGAAGACCAGAUCAUCCUCCUGAAGGGGUGCUGCAUGGAGAUCAUGUCCCUGCGGGCGGCUGUCCGCUAUGACCCCGAAAGCGACACCCUGACGCUGAGUGGGGAGAUGGCCGUCAAGCGGGAGCAGCUCAAGAAUGGUGGCCUGGGCGUAGUCUCCGACGCCAUCUUUGAACUGGGCAAGUCACUCUCUGCCUUUAACCUGGAUGAUACGGAAGUGGCUCUGCUGCAGGCUGUGCUGCUAAUGUCAACAGACCGCUCGGGCCUGCUGUGUGUGGACAAGAUCGAGAAGAGUCAGGAGGCGUACCUGCUGGCGUUCGAGCACUACGUGAACCACCGCAAACACAACAUUCCGCACUUCUGGCCCAAGCUGCUGAUGAAGGUGACUGACCUCCGCAUGAUCGGGGCCUGCCACGCCAGCCGCUUCCUCCACAUGAAAGUCGAGUGCCCCACCGAACUGUUCCCCCCACUCUUCCUCGAGGUCUUUGAGGAUCAGGAAGUCUAAAGCCUCAGGCGGCCAGAGGGUGUGCGGAGCUGGUGGGGAGGAGCCUGGAGAGAAGGGGCAGAGCUGGGGGGCUGAGGGAGGCCCCCCACCCCUCUUCUCUCCUUCCUCUCAUCCUUGGAUAGAUUCAGCUCCCACACACACACCCCGCACUGCCCGUCCCUCCUCAGAACCUCCAGCCCUGGGACAGGGCAAACACAUGAACUUGCUAUGAAAAAGACAGUGUGGGAGGCUGGGGGACCGUGUCCUGCAGUUCCCAGGACCCCAUCCUCUAAGAAGGUAGGGGAAGGGAGGGAGAUCUAAGAGGGGACAAGCCAUCUUGACUGUAGGGGAUGGAAGAAUGUGGGGUGGGGGAAGAUGCCCUCAAUUCAGCCCCUACACACACACAAGAGAGAGCCCCCCCUGCACAGUUCCUUGACAGAGGUUCCCCCUCCAGGCUAAGGGCCUCUCUGCUUCCCCAGAAGCCUGGGUGCAAAGAAAGGCUUGGCUUGGCUCCUCCCCCUGGAGGUUAAAAAUUAGUCAUUCUAACUGCACUUUGGAAACCAGGCAAGGGGAGAAGAUAAAUGAAGAAAAACUAGACAGAGAGAAAAAGAAAAAAAGAGUGAGCGAUUGAUAGAGAUAGAGAGAGAGAGAUGA